AUGACCCCGAGCUUGGGCACAGCUAUGGGCCUGCACAACUGUGAGGAGGGGGCGUCUGGGACAAGGCAGACGGGACCACGACUGGCCUCAGAGGCUGAGCAGGGCAAUACGGCGGCGGUGAGCAAUACAACGCGGUCCCUUACGGGGUGGCAGAACCCCGGAAAGGCCGCCGAGAACUCUGCAUGGCCUCGGGCUAACGUGGCGGCGACGCCGCCGCCAGCCCAACCGCACCCCGACAAACAACUCCUAAGGCAGCUGCGGGGGAGACCGCGCCGCGGGACCGCCGGCGAUGGUUGCCGCUGGCCCCCGCCCGGGGAGCUGACAUGGCUCCCCCGGCCGCAGCUGCCGGCGGAGGCAGACGCGGAGCCGGCGGAAAGCUACCAGCUACGGCAGGAGAACGAGCUCCAGGUGCUGGAGUCUAUUUACGGGCAGGACUUCCAGGACCUGCGCCAGAGCCAGGCAUGGAAGGUACGACAGCCUCCUGAAAUUAAGUUAGUUCUGUGCCCUCGGGGAUUGACCGGUGAUAAUGAAGUCUAUGCCAAAGUUGAUCUGUGGGUCAAGUGUCCACAUACUUACCCCGAUACUGUCCCCGAAAUACAGCUAACAAAUUCGAAAGGUUUGUCAAAUGAGAAAAUAAAUGAACUAAGGUCCAAACUAGCUGAACUGGCAAAACAGCGCUGUGGAGAGGUUAUGAUAUUUGAACUUGCUGACCAUGUACAGUCAUUUCUCAGUGAGUACAAUAAACCACCUCCCAAGUCUUUUCAUGAGGAAAUGCUAAAAAAUCAUCAAAAAGAACAAGAAAGACUGGCUCAGGAAGAGUUGCGUAGAGCACAAGAAGUUAAGAGAAGAGAGGAGCAGGAGCAACGUGAAAUCCUUAAUGAGAUUCAGAGAAGGGAGGAAGAGAAAAGAGAAGAAAGAAAAAAGAAGGAGAUUGCCAAACAGGAACGUUUGGAAAUAGCUGCUCUGAAAAGUCAAGCAAAUUCUCACAAGAGAGAUGCUUCAGGGUAUAGAGUUGCUUCCAGUUUAAAUGGGAGCUGUUCAGAGCAUGGGGUGAAUAAUAAGCACCGACCAAAUUCAGCUGGACGUUCAAAGUAA